AUGGCGACGCACCCCGAAGCCUUCGUGCUCCUCCACAUCCCCGACGUCACCCUCACCGCCGGCGGGACCUCCACGUCCGGCACCCUCGCCCUCGAAUGCGUCACCCUCGCACCCGACGCCCCUUCCCAUCCACCAGGCUCGCAGUCCCAGCCGGACACGCUCGCCGCCUCGCUGUCGCCCGAGGACCGAUCCCUCAUCCUCGUCCUCCGCCUCGGCGCGCUCGAGCUUCCGAUCGACCCCGCGCGCCCCUGCAACCUCCGCAUCGCCGUGGACGGCACGCGCACAUAUGCCUUCACCGCCGCCUCGCCGACCACCCCCGGCGGCACCCCCGAGCCGUCCUCCCCUAGCGGGAUGACGCUCGCCGUGCCCCCACCGGCCCGCGCAGACCCGCAUCGCGCGGAGACCGUCGAGGCGUUCGACCACAUCCUCGCGCAGUACGCCGAUCUGGACUGGCAAGUCGACGGGGGCGCGCCGCACGCCGAGCACCCGGCCGGCUCGGACGCGGCCGCGGCCUCCGCCUCGUCCGCCGAUGCGCACCCGCCCGUGUCGGUGAUGACUGGGGAGCCCGCGCCGGAGAGCCUGCGCGGGAAGCUGGUGCUGGUGGACGAGGCGAGCGGGGAGGUCGUCGGGGAGCUGCCGAACCGGGUGAGCAUCAAGGAGGACCCCGCGCUCGCGCACCCGUCGCAGACGAAGGGCGCGGACGGCCAGCCCGCGCCGGUGAUGCUGGAGCUGCCCGAGGACGUGUACGACGCGUACACGGGCCAGGGGGCGAGCGUCGUGCCGUAUGCGGCGCCGAGCACGGAGUUGGACGAGGCGAGGGAGAUUUUCGUGCGUGCGAUCCCGCCGGAGGACCAGGACUGGAUGACGAAGUCGGCGACGCUCAUCAGCUCAGCGAUCUCGACAUCGACGACGCUCUUGCUUGGUGGGCUCACCCAUGCGACGAACUACUACAUCAAUCACUCCGCGCCCGCCCCAACGCCUAAGGACGGCCAGCCACCGCCGCCACCGCCGCGUGCGCUCCUGUUGCUCUCACACCCGCGCACGCAGUCGACGCUCUCAAAGGCGUACGCCGUCUCCGGCCAGGCCGUCAAGGUCUCCGCGCGCACCGUCAAGAUCGCAGAGGACCUCAUCACGCGCGCCGUCGGUGGCAAGCCCAAGGCGAAGACGCAGCCCGUAUCGACACUGGCGAUGCCGCAGGCGCGCACACCGUCCUCUGGCACGCUCACCCCGACUAGCGCCCCGAUGGUGCAGUCCCCUCACUCAGAGUACCCGCCGCCGCCGUACCCCGGGGUAACGGACGGCAAGCCGGCUCUCCCCCCUCGGCGCAGCCCCGCCCCGACGUCCGGCCCCGGCCCCGCUCCUCCCCUCCCUCCCCGCGGCAAGUCGCCCCAGCCGGGGCAGCAGCCACCCCCUCCGCCGCCACGGGUGCGCACGCGCGACAAGGUGCUGCUCUCGGCGAACCUCGUGCUCGCCGCGGUGGACGACGGCCUGCAGCGGACGUUCGACGUCGGGGCGGAGCGCGCGGCGGCGGUGGCGGCGCACAAGUACGGGGCGGAGGUGGGCAAGAGCGUGCACCUCGGCGCGCACACGGCGCGGAACGUGGCGCUGGUGUACAUCGACGCGCGCGGGUUCGCGCGGCGGGCGCUGAUCCGGAGGGCGGGCAAGGCGUGGGUCAAGGCGCAUUUCGGCGGUGGCGGGAGGGCGACGAGCGGGUUGGUGGUUGAUCGAGCGGAGCCGGAGCAGGGUGCACAGGGAAGGAAAUGA